AUGUUCCACUUUAACAGCUACCGGGUGCCCGAGUACUCCCAAGCAAUUGGCCUUAUCCCACUCAAUCGCCAGCAAUCCCAAUCCAAUGUGGUUCUCGACUAUGCCAUGAUGUCCCUAGUGCCUGUCUUCUAUCUGGGCUGCUACUUUCUCAUCAACCUCCGACACGUCUUUGGUUUGUGCUUCCUGGACUCUUGCAACAGCGUCUGCCGGCUGAGCAACAAUUUGUUCAUGCAUUUGGGCGCCUUUCUCUAUCUGACUGUCACUCUGAUGAGUCUCUAUCGUCGCAAGGAAUUCUUUCUGCAGUUCGAUGAGCGACUGCAUGCCAUUGAUGCAAUCAUCCAAAAGUGUCGACGCGUUGCGGAGAUGGACAGAGUAAAGGUCACGGCGGUGAAGCACAGUGUGGCAUACCACUUCACGUGGCUCUUCCUGUUCUGUGUGUUUGCAUUUGCGCUGUACUACGAUAUCAGGGCACUAUAUCUCACCUUUGGUAACUACGCCUUUAUACCGUUUAUGGUGUCGAGUUUCCCUUAUUUGGCUGGCAGUAUCAUCCAGGGGGAGUUCAUCUAUCAUGUGUCCGUCAUUUCGCAACGCUUUGAGCAGAUUAACACGUUGUUUGAGAAAAUUAACCAAGAGGCACGGCACCGACAUGCUCCACUCACCGUGUUUGAUAUUGAGAGCGAGGGCAAGAAGCAGGAGCGAAAGAAUUUAACGCCCGCCACGGCCAUGGACGCGAGAACCGCCACAUUUGGCAAUGAACAAAAGUUGUCGGGCGAAAUGAAACGUCAAACGCCACAAAAGAAUGAAGAGGAUGAAAUGGACACCAGCAAUGAUGAGGACGAGGACGAUUUUGAUUAUGACAAUGGGACGAUUGCAGAGAAUACAGGCAACACUUCCGAAGCCAAUCUGCCGGACCUCUUCAAGCUACACGACAAAAUUCUCUCGCUCAGUGUCAUAACCAAUGGGGAGUUCGGCCCCCAGUGUGUACCCUAUAUGGCUGCCUGCUUUGUGGUUAGCAUUUUUGGCAUCUUCCUGGAGACCAAAGUCAAUUUUAUUGUCAGUGGCAAGAGCCGGCUGCUGGACUAUGUCACUUACUUGUACGUCAUCUGGAGCUUCACGACCAUGGUGGUGGCCUACAUUGUGCUGCGACUGUGCUGCAAUGCCAAUAAUCACUCCAAGCAAUCGGCCAUGAUUGUGCACGAGAUAAUGCAGAAGAAGCCAGCCUUCAUGCUCAGCAAUGAUUUAUUCUACAACAAAAUGAAGUCCUUCACGCUGCAAUUUCUGCACUGGGAGGGCUACUUUCAGUUUAAUGGCAUUGGUCUGUUUGCCCUCGACUACACGUUCAUCUUUUCGACCGUGAGUGCCGCCACAUCCUAUUUAAUUGUUCUGCUGCAGUUCGAUAUGACGGCCAUUUUGCGCAACGAGGGACUCAUGUCAUAAAUGGCGGGGGCGAGACCCCACGUAAAUUCAAUUAUCGAGCAGCAAUUUUAAUGCCAUUACAUUUUUCUAGCACACUUUUGUAGC